AUGGAUUGUCACCUCUCCAUCCUCCUCCUUCUCAGCUGCUCCAUUCUCUACUGCUUCGGGGAACUGAUUCUCCAACCUUCCAAUGAAGUCAAUCUACUGGAUUCAAAAACAAUUCAAGGGGAGCUGGGAUGGAUCUCUUACCCAUCACAUGGGUGGGAAGAGAUCAGUGGUGUUGAUGAACAUUACACACCCAUCAGGACUUACCAGGUGUGCAAUGUCAUGGAUCAUAGUCAAAAUAAUUGGCUGAGGACAAACUGGGUCCCUAGGAACUCAGCUCAGAAGAUCUACGUAGAGCUCAAGUUCACUCUACGGGACUGCAAUAGCAUUCCACUGGUUUUGGGAACUUGCAAGGAGACUUUCAACUUGUACUACAUGGAGUCUGAUGAUGAUCAUGGGGUCAAAUUUCGAGAACAUCAGUUUACAAAGAUUGACACCAUUGCAGCUGAUGAAAGUUUCACCCAAAUGGAUCUUGGGGACCGUAUUCUGAAACUCAACACUGAGGUUAGAGAAGUAGGUCCUGUCAACAAAAAGGGAUUUUAUCUGGCAUUUCAAGAUGUUGGUGCUUGUGUUGCCUUGGUGUCCGUGAGAGUGUACUUCAAAAAGUGCCCAUUUACAGUGAAGAAUCUGGCUAUGUUUCCAGACACGGUACCCAUGGAUUCCCAAUCCCUGGUGGAGGUUCGAGGAUCUUGUGUUAACAAUUCUAAGGAGGAAGAUCCUCCCAGGAUGUACUGCAGUACAGAGGGCGAAUGGCUUGUACCCAUUGGCAAGUGCUCCUGCAAUGCUGGCUACGAAGAAAGAGGUUUUAUGUGCCAAGCUUGCCGACCAGGUUUCUACAAGGCUGCGGAUGGUAAUAUGAAAUGUGUCAAGUGCCCACCCCACAGUUCUACUCACGAAGAUGGUUCAGUGAACUGCAGGUGUGAGAAUAAUUACUUCCGAGCAGACAAAGACCCUCCAUCCAUGGCUUGUACCCGACCUCCAUCUGCACCAAGAAAUGUUAUCUCUAAUAUAAACGAGACCUCGGUCAUCCUGGACUGGAGUUGGCCCCUGGACACAGGAGGCCGGAAAGAUGUUACCUUCAACAUCAUAUGUAAAAAAUGUGGGUGGAAUAUAAAACAGUGUGAGCCAUGCAGCCCAAAUGUCCGCUUCCUCCCUCGACAGUUUGGACUCACCAACACCACAGUGACAGUGACAGACCUCCUGGCACAUACUAACUACACCUUUGAGAUCGAUGCCAUUAAUGGGGUGUCAGAGCUGAGCUCGCCACCAAGACAGGUCGCUGCAGUCAGCAUCACGACCAACCAGGCUGCUCCAUCGCCUGUCAUGACGAUUAAGAAGGAUCGAACGUCCAGAAACAGUAUCUCUUUAUCUUGGCAGGAACCUGAGCACCCUAAUGGGAUCAUAUUGGACUACGAGGUCAAAUACUAUGAAAAGGAGCAAGAGACAAGUUAUACCAUUCUGAGGGCAAGAGGCACGAAUGUUACCAUCAGUAGCCUCAAGCCUGACACUACUUACGUAUUCCAAAUCCGAGCCCGAACGGCAGCUGGAUACGGGACCAACAGUCGCAAGUUUGAGUUUGAAACUAGCCCGGACUCUUUCUCCAUUUCUGGGGAAAACAGCCAAGUAGUGAUGAUUGCCAUUUCAGCGGCGGUGGCGAUUAUCCUGCUCACGGUCGUCACCUACGUCUUGAUCGGGAGGUUCUGUGGCUAUAACAAGUCAAAACACAAUGCAGAUGAAAAAAGACUUCAUUUCGGGAAUGGACAUUUAAAACUUCCGGGUCUCAGGACUUACGUUGACCCACAUACAUACGAAGACCCUACCCAAGCAGUUCACGAGUUUGCUAAGGAGUUGGAUGCCACCAACAUAUCCAUUGACAAAGUUGUUGGAGCAGGUGAAUUUGGAGAAGUGUGCAGUGGUCGCUUAAAGCUUCCUUCAAAAAAAGAGAUUUCAGUGGCCAUCAAAACCCUGAAGGUGGGCUACACAGAAAAGCAGAGGAGAGACUUCCUGGGAGAAGCAAGCAUUAUGGGACAGUUUGACCAUCCCAACAUCAUUCGACUAGAGGGAGUUGUUACUAAGAGUAAACCAGUCAUGAUUGUCACAGAAUACAUGGAGAACGGUUCCUUGGACAGUUUCUUACGUAAACACGAUGCCCAGUUUACGGUCAUCCAGCUAGUGGGGAUGCUUCGAGGGAUAGCAUCUGGCAUGAAGUACCUCUCAGACAUGGGUUAUGUUCACCGGGACCUUGCUGCUCGUAACAUUUUGAUCAACAGUAAUUUGGUGUGUAAGGUUUCUGAUUUUGGACUUUCACGUGUUCUAGAGGAUGAUCCCGAAGCUGCUUACACAACAAGAGGAGGGAAGAUCCCAAUCCGAUGGACAUCACCAGAAGCUAUAGCUUACCGCAAGUUCACGUCAGCCAGCGACGUAUGGAGUUACGGGAUUGUUCUCUGGGAGGUGAUGUCCUAUGGAGAGAGACCAUACUGGGAGAUGUCCAAUCAGGAUGUGAUUAAAGCUGUGGAUGAAGGCUAUCGGCUGCCACCCCCCAUGGACUGCCCAGCUGCAUUGUAUCAGCUGAUGCUGGACUGCUGGCAGAAAGACAGAAACAACAGACCCAAGUUUGAGCAGAUUGUCAGCAUUCUGGACAAGCUUAUCCGGAACCCAAGCAGCCUGAAGAUCAUCACCAGCGCGGCAGCAAGGCCAUCAAAUCUUCUUCUGGACCAAAGCAACGUCGACAUCACUACCUUCCGCACAACAGGUGACUGGCUUAAUGGUGUCCGGACAGCACAGUGCAAGGAAAUCUUCACAGGCGUGGAGUACAGUUCUUGUGACACCAUAGCCAAGAUUUCCACAGAUGACAUGAAAAAGGUUGGAGUCACUGUGGUUGGUCCACAGAAGAAAAUCAUCAGUAGCAUUAAAGUUCUAGAAACACAAUCAAAAAACAGUCCAGUUCCAGUGUAAAGUGUAAUUUCUGGAAGAAAGUGGUAGCUGUGGAAGACCUAGUAUCAUUCUACAGACAGAUGAUAAUGCUGGAGAUGCUGGUGGCAAUUCCAAGCCCAAUAAGACACUCAGAUAUGAAUACAAAUGCCUUAACAUGGAAUUGAAAGACUCUUUAUUUUCCCCUAUCAUUUAGUGGAUGGGAGGGGGGUGUAUUUUGUUUUG